ACUUCAACGGGAAGAUCAAGAUGGGGAUCAAAGGUGAAUAAAUAAAUUUUUUUUAGAGCAAGUGAUAAGGGGCGAUGGAAUAUUUUUGGGGGAAUAAAUCGACGAAUUCAGAUUGAGAAAAGGGAAUAAAGUGGCACCAAUAGUGCUCUGCAUGUCUAGAACCUGGAGUUUGAUAAUACGUCGUUGUCAUCUCAAAUAAAACCAUUUUUUCCUAAGCAAACCCCCAAUAGUCCCAGGUAUAUUGUCUCGUGCAGCACCGGAUUUUUCUUUUAUCACCGGAUAGUAUCCGUAGCUGUCAAAGCACUGCUUGCUACGCGGAGUUUCCGCUGCAUGGGGUGAAAAUCUGUAUAUGCCGUAGCGCGUGCUUUGCACAUGAGCUUCCUCUGAGGGAACAAAGGGAGGAAUAGUAUUCUUUGGGGACACGGGGAACAAUCUUUUCAAAUCAUAAUUGAAUUGGAAUUGUAAGCUUAGAAUCCUUUGCCUUUUUGAGAAAGCAGAGUACCGUUUAGUUGCAGUAUGGACUGAACUUCACCUUCACCAGAUCAGUACCCAUUCACAGGAAAGAUUUAUUAGAUUAGAUUUUCACCAGUUGGUCUUUGAUUUGCUUUGCCCGUCGACAUCCCAUGGUUGAAUCGACAACGAACAUGGUUUAGUGCAAACAGUAUUUGCAACCGGUAACGUCUUUACCUUUGCACUUCAGUGUGGAAUUGAUUCCUCUGCAAACCAGCAGCGGGAGAAGCAUCGACUCAACCUUGCUCUUGCCCUGCCGUUUAUAGACACUAAAGCAUCCGGGUCAGAAAACCAAAGCUGUAUGGUAGAUGGUAACUGACCAUUCUCUUGGUUGAAAAGGGAACACCUUGCUGAUGUGUCUACACUUGAUUAAUGUUUUGAUAUUUUUUGAUGGUGGUCAAUCUGGCUAGUGUGAAUGCUUGUUCCAAUGAUCUGCAACAGAUCGGUUUCCACAAUAUGCCACACAGAGGAGCAAUUGCCGCAUAAAUAAAUAUGUUAAAUUGCAUGAAAGUAUGUUUAUUCUAGAUUAGAUUGUGAAAAAACCAAAUGAACUUGUAAGUUAGUAGUAGAGCUGCCCAGUUGUUGCAAAAUCUGUAAAUACAGUGUGCCUUGGUGAAAAACAUACUUCUUUUUUAGAUACGGAAAUCCUUAUCACCAAACUUCUAUCAUUUAUAUUCAUAUAUUACGCUGCAGGUCUUACUUGGUCUCUGAGAAACAGGGUUAUUCAUGUUUCUUCUACUCACGUUUGAGUUCCUGAUGACAACAGAGGGAAAGGAACAGACAUACUUAGGGUAGUCCCGACAGAUCCUUUUCAUGCAAAUAAAACAGUACGGACAGCUGACUAGAAGUGAACAUGGAACCUCUUGAAUUAUUGCGUAAAGGUGUGAUUUGGGAGAAUAUAUGUUGAUCAGAAUAGGUUUUGUGAACGUCUGUAGGUCAUGCACGUAUGCAGAGAAUCGAUUCUGAAGUGGUUAUAUAUAUUUAACCCCAAUAAUACAAUCUGCCCCUGGCAUAUAAUGCCACUUCCAACUUUAGUACUAUCUUUAGGAGGUUGCACAACAUCUAGAAUGGACAAGACAUGCAAACUCUUUAUUAAAUUAAAUUAGUAAAAGGUAAAAUGUUAACUGAAGAGAAUUAGCUUUACCUAUUUUCUUUUCCAGUCUGGAGUUUCAGCUCCAUGCAGCCAUGGCUCCACCCUCUAGCGCUGUUUGAUGCAGAUAGGUCCAGAUAGGAAUGUCUGCUACUUUCUUAAUUUUUAGUUGUGUGAUAAGGUUUUCAAUCAUGCUCUGCCUUGUUUAUUGUGCCUUUCCAACAAUAUUUUUGUGUGUUGAUGCUGUAGAGAAAUAUUAGAGGGAGUUUGUAGGAAGAGUGUUAUGAUACUCCAUCUUCACCAAGCAAUUUUGUAAUGGACAGUGAUACAAACCCUGAUGAAGCAUCCAAGGGUUAUUGAGUUUUGAGUUACGGCUCCAUGGAGCCAAGAAACUUUUUCCUUUUCUUGUUCACUGUUUUCGCUUGAAAUAAUAAGCCUACUAAGUCCUGAGCUACUAGUAUCUUCAUUGAACUGUUAAUUUUGUCACCAUGAAUCUUGUAGACCAUUUUUCUUAAAAGUUACAUGCAUCUAUUUUGGCCUUUCCAGUUAUUUUUCUGCCUACCAUUGUGCACUGCAGAACAGAGGAUGACAAAUAUCCAGCAUAUUGUACUUUUCUCGCAGGCAAAUAUAUUAUUAUACACAGCUGCAUGCUUAAUCAGGGAUGCCCAUACAGGAAGCCGGUAACGAAGCUAGAAGCACAUUUACUCUGUAAUUGAUCUAGAGCACAUUUACUCUGUAAUGGAUUUACACAUAUGUAACAGUAUGAUUCCAUGGAUACAACACUUACAAGAUUUGCAUUGAGCCUGUAUGUAUAAUAAGGGGAAUACAUAUGAGAAAGGCUAGUUUAAACAAUUCAUUUAAGCUGAAAUUUUAGCCAGCAUUUUUACUACAGAACUAUAUUUACAUUUUCUGUACAGUUGAAUUUAUUCAAAUUUGUUUAUGAACUUUUAUUUUCCUCACUUUAAUUGUAAUAGCUGGCCUCGUUUUUUUUAUCUGCCUUUCUUUUUCGUUCUUACAGUUACUGAAGUAAUGUGGCAUUUUGGUCUAAGGUGGGGGCACUAGGAUUUCUAUUAGCCACACGAAGUGUGCAUAACUGCUAGAUCUGCACCUCCCCAGGUACAUAUUGUGGAAGAAUCAAAAUCUAAAGAAUAUAUCCUUUGAUCCUAAUUCCUCACACCAUUGUCCAUGGAUAAAUUAAAGGACCUUAAACUAACAAUUUCUCUGAAAAAAGAGAGAAAAGGUGGCCAGUAAUAUAUAGCAGAAAACAAGUUACUGAUCAGGCUAUCUUAUUGUGCUGAAUUUGUUGCUCUUGAAUCUUGUAAUAUUCAUGGUGUCGAUUCAGUCUCGAGCUAUUUUUAUGGUCCAACUAAUCAACUGUGUUUGUAGUAUUUAAGUAACUCUUUAAGCAACAUGCAUGAAAGACUGGUUUAUACUUGCAUGCCCGGUAGACACCAUUCUUACUUGACAUUUGCCUGCCUGCACAUUUACAACUGAACUGCUGUAGCCCUAGCUUGAAAUUUAGAUCAUAAUUAUAAAACCAAUGAGGUAUCCAUGCCAAUGAAAAGUUGAUUUGCGCGUAUAUACACAAAAUAUUUGCCUGAAUUACCUUAGUCAAAUUAUGUUACUGAGACAACUAUUUGAUUUUUGGAGUAGUUAAUUAUAGCGCAAUUACAUUUAUGGUUGGAAGAAUCAGUUAGACACAUUCAGAAGUAAUAUACCGCGGUGUAGACUCAGGAUGUAACACUAAAAUUCUCCUAUCUUUGGCACCACUUUUCUGUUGCAUUGUGGUCUUUCUUGGUUCUCCCCGUCCUUUUUUCUCCAUUCACCCUUCAAUCUGGAUAGCUCAGUUAGAAAGGCUAGGUCAGAGCAUCUCUGUGCCUCCAAAGUCGCCCUGGAUUCGCAAUUAUUGAGGCGCCUCCACUAUAAAAAGGCAACCAUCCACAAGAAGUAAGAACACAGCGAGCAAGCAAGCAAAGCACACAACAAGGACAAGACAGCAGCUGAGAACCCUAGUACUGAACCAAAAGCCUUCACAGGGGCUUACUGCGAAUGAACACCCAGAGGAAGCCUGGAGACUGGAACUGCAACUCGUGCCAGCACCUCAACUUCAGCCGCCGUGACUUCUGUCAGCGCUGCCGUGCCACGCGCUCGGAUCUGCAGCUCGGAGACGGCCGCUGUAUAGGUGGUGUGCUGACCUCCCUGGACGUUCGCCCAGGUGACUGGUACUGCAAUUGCGGCUACCACAACUUCGCCAGCCGCUCCAGCUGCCUCAAGUGUGGCACCAUCGUGAGGGACUUCCCAGCAGGCCAGGGUGGCACUGGCGCUGCUGAGAGCGGUGGAGUUCGUGCUGGGUGGAAAGCAGGUGAUUGGAUAUGCGCAAGGCCUGGCUGUAAUGUGCACAACUUUGCAAGUAGAAUUGAGUGCUAUCAUUGCAAUGCACCUAGGGAAGCAGGCACCGGGAAGUGAGGAGCAACCAUGCCGGCCGAGAUCCAGAGGCGUGACAAGAUGGCUUAGGACGAGAGCAACCAUUGUCACACUCGCAAGCUCCGAUCCAGGAAGAAUAAAACUACACAGUAGUAUAUAUGCUGAUGUAUUGCCACCUGUUAUACUACUACAACCGUUGCAUGGUUGCGAGGGCAGGAGAAGUUCCCUUACCUUCCCGAAUGUAACGCGUGCAUGGUAUCGCCGCGCCUCGUUUACGUUGGUCGAGGCAUCGCUCAUAUUGUACGGUUUGGAUUACUUGAAUAAAUAUUCUUAACCAUCCUUA